CAAGGAAAUGUCUUUGUACUGUGAGUCAUGCACUUGGUUUAAGCUCUGAUCUCCUUUCAGCGAGAGUUAAUCAUGAAGACUGUGAAAGGCUUCUGUGUCCUUUUCAUGCUGCAUCUGGGUUUCUUUGACUCUGGAAGGGCUGGGAAAGUACUUGUAUGGCCCAUGGAUUUCAGUCAUUGGAUUAAUUUAAAUGUGAUUCUGGAAGAACUCCACCGUCGUGGGCACGAGAUAACUGUCCUGGUACCUUCACCAAGUCUCCUGCUUGAUCAUACCAAGAUUCCCUUUAAUGUGGAGAUCCUCCAACUUCCGGUAACUAAAGAAACUCUCAGGGAAGAACUCGAUACAGUUCUCUAUUCAGCUUCUUUUGAACUGUCAAAUCUCUCCUGGUGGGAAAUGAAUAUAAAACUGAUAAAAAUAGGCCAAAAUUUUUUUAGAACAAUCAAAAGAGUAUGUGACAGUGCUAUCACAAAUAAGGAUUUACUCAGCAGACUACAGGCAGCUAAGUUUGAUAUCUGCUUGGCUGACCCUUUAGCUUUGGAUGGGGAGUUAGUGGCUGAGCUCCUCAAUAUUCCAUUUAUAUACUCUUUCCGGUUUUCCUACGGGAAUGUCAUUGAGAGAUGGUGUGCUGGGCUUCCGAUGCCUUCUUCCUACAUUCCUGGAAGUACAUCAAGACUGACAGACAACAUGACUUUUGUACAGAGGCUGGAGAAUUGGUUAUUGUAUACAUUAAUUGAUAUGCUGUAUUCUUACUAUAUAUUUCCAGAAUGGGAUGCGUAUUACAGCAAGGUUUUAGGAAAACCUACCACAUUAUGUGAGACUAUGGGGAAAGCUGAAAUGUGGUUGAUUCGAACUUACUGGGAUUUUGAAUUUCCUCAACCGUACUUACCUAAUGUUGAAUUUGUUGGAGGACUGCACUGCAAGCCUGCGAAGCCCCUACCGAAGGAGUUAGAAGAGUUUGUCCAAAGCUCUGGAGAAGAUGGAGUUGUGGUGUUCACUCUGGGGUCAAUGAUCAGAAACCUCACAGAAGAAAAGGCUAAUAUGGUUGCAUCAGCUCUUGCCCAGAUUCCACAGAAGGUUCUGUGGAGAUACACAGGAAAGAAACCAGAUACACUGGGAGCCAAUACCCGGCUGUAUGAAUGGAUUCCACAGAAUGAUCUUCUUGGCCAUCCCCAAACCAGGGCUUUUAUCACUCACAGUGGAACCAAUGGGAUCUAUGAAGCUAUUUACCAUGGGGUGCCUGUGGUGGGAAUGCCCAUGUUUGGUGAUCAGCAUGAUAAUGUUGCUCGUGUAAAAGCCAAAGGGGCAGCUGUUGAAGUAGACUUGCCCACAAUGACAAGUUCUGAUCUGCUUCGUGCUUUGAAGGAGGUUAUUAACAACCCUUCCUAUAAAGAGAAUGCUAUGAAGUUAUCAAGAAUCCACCACGAUCAGCCAGUGAAGCCCCUGGACCGAGCAGUCUUCUGGAUCGAGUUUGUCAUGCGUCACAAAGGAGCCAAGCACCUGCGGCCAGCCCUCCACGACCUCACCUGGUACCAGAACCACUGUCUGGAUGUGAUUGGGUUCCUGCUGGCCUGUGUGGCAACUGCUGUGUUUGUUAUCACAAAAUGUUGUCUGUUUUGUUGCCUGAAGUUUGGUAAAACCACAAAGAAGAAAAAGAGAGAGUAGGGUUUUUUAUUAACGAUUUGACUGGAAACCGCGUAGGGUCCAUCCGAAUUAAUCCAGCUACUGAUUUGAACAGAUUCCUCUCCUGCUCUUCUGGGUUCUUGUCCAUUCCUCAGCUUAUCAAGUCAACUGCCCAAGACAACACGAAAAUGUGCCACAUGAUUUAGCACUAAUGUUUAAAAUAAUCUAUUCGUUGAAAAGAGAAGAUAAAUAAACACAUGGAUGUUGCUACCAUUAAGACUCAGUGCUUUACUUCAUUCACUGCUUUCAGCUGAACCAAUUGAGAUGCUCUUUGAGGCCUUGGGAACAUAAUGAUUAAUUCUAAUCUCAGUAUUAAUCAUAUUGAAGAUUUUCUAAAUAUGUAACAUCAUCCUGGGCCGAGUACGUUAUAGUUCUUGCAUGUUCUCUAAAGGAACCAGGCAAGAGUAGUGCAGAGCACACUCAGCCAGAGCUUCCCUUCAGGUCAGGGAGAUCAGGAGGCUGUCAGGGUUUCUCCUCUGCCGUAAAGCACACUUGAUACCAUCAAUUUCCUUUCAUAUGACACAUCAGAUUUUGUCCCCCCAUAAAAAAACACUCUUUUUUGUCUUUGAUUUAAAGAUUUCCCUUCAUUUGGAUACUAAAAGUGACAGUACUUCAUGUGUGUUGUAAUACUUUGUAGCUUCAGACUAGCUGAUUUUCAUAAGUUAGCGUGGCUGAUGGUGUGGUGGAGCACCCACCCUUUUAAAGUAACUAAAAAUCUACUUGAUUCUCUCCUACUCCAAUUUUACUUACAAUAUAAAUAUUUGUAAAGAAGAAACAAACUACUUAGAUAGAGCUGUGAGGAAAUGCAUUUCUCAGAAACGCUCUUUCCUAUGGGGGUGAUCUCUCCAACUAAUCACAAACUCGGUGAAUUUCUUCGUUUCUUAUUUUUCUUUUACCCCAUCACUUCUCCUGGUCCUCUCAUAAACUGCACUGAGACCACUAUGCCAAAGCACAAGUACUUAGGCUUCUUAUUAGCUCGAAUCUGUCAGAAUCUACAGUAACAUGAACACAGUUUGUAUUUUAAAAAAUAAAGAUGUCUUUUACUUUCUUUUCUAAAAAGAAUUCAGCUCAGUCUAACUCUGGUGGCCUUACCUAGUAACCAAGCUCUUUAAAUGAUUACUACAGACUUUGAUAUUUAUAACCCAAACUUGAGAGACCUAAAAUUACAGCUCUAUCUUAGAACAAAUACAAAUCGUUCAGGCUGUUAUAGGUUUUUGACAGUAAUAAUGGCACAAAAAAUAGCAAGUUAAUCAUAAACUUAUUCUUAGAUGGGGAAUUAACUA